AAUACCUUGCACAACAGGGUUUCCAUCGCAUAUACAGGGUCAAAUGAACAUUUGCAGCUUUAUGCGCAUAUCUAAACAGAUAUUUAGUAGCUGAAUGAAUGCAGUGACACGUUUGCACGGCUUUACUGGUUUCUGUUUUUGUUCGAGGCCAGAGUUAGCCGACUAGCGCUGAGCGCUAACAAAAACAGACAGCCGAACCACAGGCCUAAACCAUUUAAACAGAAAGAUACAUGUAUUAUGCAUGUCUAGACAUCUGUUAUGAAGCCAAAGCACCACGACUAAUAUAGAUUGGGUGGUUAAAGGUGUUUUGGUUUCCAUUCAGAUCUUUAUUUACACCGAAAAUGCGUUAUUAGUAGUUAGCAGCUACACAGCUAACGAGAAAGCUAACUAGCUUAUAUAAAAGAGAUCAUUUCGCGACUUGCCAUUAUUUAUUUUUUUCAUUCCGUCCUGUAAUUGUGUUCGUAACAUCAUAACGUAUAGAAAUCAGUUUUAAUACUAUUAAUAAUGUCGCGGUUUAUGGAAAAGUGAGUAUGUUGAAGUAUCUGGCUAGUAAUUGAUGUUUUUCACAGAUUUAGCUGGUGAAUUAAGCUGUUUUUGUGUGAGUUAUCAGGUGUCAGUUUUCAAAGAGAUAUUUAUUUGUUUUCCAACACCACGGUAAAUAUCUCCUUUGUUUUGAAUGGACGAAUAAAUUAUUUAUUUAACAUCGUACCGCCAUAGCAGGACUACAUGUUCUUAUAGCAGAAUUACAUUAAAGUUUCAUCUUGCACAUUGUACUUGUAAGAUUAAGUGUAAACUAGGUUGACAAAAUAGCCUGUGCCUUUUUAUAAUGCACUUCAAAUCAACAUAUAGCCUUGGGUCUUGUUCUGCAGUGGUGACAAACGGAAUGUUCGGUGCACAGAGAAAGAAGUAUGGAAUGGAGGCGGUCGAAAGUGAAUUCUCAGAUGAGAGCAUUUACUAUAACCAGCAGUCAAUGUUCCCGCAUCGGCCGGAGAAAGACAUGCUGCCAUCUCCCUCGCCGUCAAGUCAAUUGUCACAACUUGGUGCGAGUUUGUAUGGUCCGCAAAGUGCACUAGGUUUCUCAUUAAGGGGCAUGAGCAACAACAACCCUCAACUGAACCGGAGUUUAACACAAGGCACUCAGUUACCGAGCCAUAGCACCCCAACGACAGGCGUCCCGACAAUGUCCCUCCACACACCACCUUCGCCGAACAGGGGCAUCCUGCCUAUGAACACCAGGAACAUGAUGAGUUCGCAGGUAGGGCAGGGCAUGGGCAUGAGCGGCAGGACCAACAGUAUGGGCAGCUCUGGCUUGGGUAGCCCCAACCGCAGCUCGCCCAGCAUUAUCUGCAUGCCCAAGCAGCAGCCAGCACGCCAGCCAUUCACCAUCAACAGUAUGUCAGGAUUUGGAAUGGGCCGGAGCCAGGGGUUUGGCAUGAACUCCUUAUCCAAUAACAUCUUCAACGGGACAGAUGGGAGUGAAAAUGUGACAGGAAUAGACCUCUCAGAAUUCCCAGCACUUGCAGACAGAAGUCGGAGGGAGGGAAACGGCAACCCAACACCGUUGCAUAAUCCGCUGGCUGGAAGGGCACCCUAUGUUGGAAUGGUCACAAAGCCAUCGAACGAACAGUCGCAGGACUUCUCCAUUCACAACGAAGACUUCCCAGCCCUGCCCGGGCCCAACUACAAGGACCCGACAUUGAGCACGGAUGAAAGCAAAUCAAGCUUGAACUCUUCAGGAAAGGGCAGCUCGAGUGCGGAUGGACCCAAGUUUCCCGGCGACAAGACAUCAUCAGCACAGAAUAACAACCAGCAAAAGAAGGGGAUCCAGGUGUUGCCUGAUGGCAAGGUAACAAACAUUCCCUCAGGAAUGGUGACGGAUCAGUUUGGGAUGAUUGGACUCCUGACAUUCAUCCGGGCAGCUGAGACGGACCCUGGCAUGGUUCACCUAGCUUUAGGAAGCGACCUAACAACGCUAGGACUCAACCUCAACUCUCCAGAGAAUCUAUAUCCUAAGUUUGCAUCUCCUUGGGCUUCAGCUCCAUGUCGACCACAAGACAUUGACUUCCAUGUUCCCUCAGAGUACUUAACCAACAUUCACAUAAGGGACAAGCUGGCUGCAAUAAAACUGGGACGAUACGGUGAAGACCUGCUGUUUUACCUCUACUACAUGAACGGAGGAGACCUCUUACAACUCCUCGCUGCCGUUGAACUGUUCAACCGGGACUGGCGGUACCAUAAAGAGGAAAGGGUUUGGAUUACAAGAGCACCUGGCAUGGAGCCCACGCUAAAGACCAACACCUACGAGAGAGGAACAUACUACUUCUUUGAUUGUCAUAACUGGAGGAAGGUCGCUAAGGAGUUUCAUCUGGAAUACGACAAGCUAGAGGAGCGGCCUCACGUGCCAACCACCUUCAAUUACAAUCCGGCCCAGCAGGCCUUCUGAAGCUGAGUCCGUCAGCGCCCGUGAGCUCUAGGAGCCAUCGGCAACAGACAGCCAGCCGACCUGCCUGACCACGAAAAAACCUGGUUUUAUUCCUCAACUGUCUGGACUAGGACUGCGGGAGGGGGAGGGGGGGUGGCAGGGGUCUCCACCUUGACAAUUUGGGGGGAGGGGCCCUCCCUUACAAAUUAUGUGCUGCCCGAACACAAAACUUCUAUAUAUUUUCAUUCUGUUUUUAAAUUCCCCUCUUACGUUCUUUUUUUUUUUUUUUUUUUUCUCCCUCCAUUUCAUUUUGAGCAGGGUCAAUGUUUUGUUUACUCCUCUGAUGGAAAGCCCCUUUUGGUGUUUGCCUGGAGUCUUUGAAGUUGCAGUACAGCACACAAACACAUCCAUUGGUAUUAAAGAAAAAUUAAAAUGCAGUUUGCGCUUUGUUUUCCGAAGCGCGCUGCGCUACCAAACAGGACACAAAGACAAAUCCAAUACAUGUGAAUACACAAGGGCAAAAGAAAAUGCAAUGUUCAUUGUUGCACUAUUUAGUAAUAAAAGAACACAAAAAUUGUUUUCUGCUUUUUUUUUUAACACAGGAAACUUGGAAGUACGCGCAGCCCUGUCGUUAACAUCAAGGAGGUGCUUUUUUUUCGGUUUCCCCCCCCGUUUUUUCUUUCACUUUCCGUUUGUUUUACUCCAUCCACCUUGCGUUGCUCAUCCGGUGAGGUGUUUUUCUGCUUAGCGUCAAUAAAUCCCAAUCAGACUGUUUCAGUGACCGUUGUUGGGCACAACCCGUGGACCAGGCGGUUGUGAGCUUACCGAGAAACAUUGUUCCAGAAUGAAUACGAACCCUUUUCAGUCUUUGUUACGAUUUUGUAAUAAACGUGUACAUUUUUUUAAUUUUUUGACAUCACAUGAAUAAAGAUAUGUAUGUAUGAAUGUGUAUAUAUAUGAUAUAUAUAGAUAGAUGUAUCUAUAUAUAUAUAUACAUGGCGUCUAUUUUGGAAGAAGUACCUAUGCUUGACCUCGUUUUUAGGAGGUGAACAGAAAUGGCAUUAUGUGGUAGAAGCAAAAAAAAAAAACAUGCGAAAGACAAAAAAAAAAUUA